ACCCCGCAUCAGUAUAUUAUUACUUCCCUCUUCCCAUUCCCACCCUAUAUAUAAAGCCCCCAGCAAUGACAACUUCUACUCAUCUUUUCAUCAACUGCUUGCUGGUGGGAGGUCUUCUGAGGAGCACAAGUUUGUGCGGGAAUUUGCUGAACCUCGCCAAAUAGCUUGCUUCAUCAUCUCGCAUCAUUACAAGGAAUGAUGAUGAUGAGUAGCUGCUUUUCGAAAAAGAAGGCCGAGCCAGAUGAGAGUGGCAAAGUGAAGAGGAAGUAUAACAUGGGCAUCAUCUUCAGAUAUGUGGAAUGGAGUGAUCUCUGGCUCAUGUUUUUGGGUACUAUUGGAGCCAUUGGAGAUGGAAUGUCCACAAACUGUUUGUUAGUGUAUGUUAGUCAUCUUUUUAAUACUUUGGGCUAUGGUAAGAAUCCAGAAAAAAAUGCCAACUUCAUGGAGGAGAUUCAAAAGUGUAGUUUAUACUUUGUGUACUUGGGGCUGGCAGUCAUGGUUGCUGCUUUUUUAGAGGGCUAUUGCUGGAGUAAAACCAGCGAACGACAAGUGUUAAAGAUUCGUUACAAGUAUUUGGAAGCUGUUCUGCGGCAAGAAGUUGGUUUCUUUGAUUCACAAGAAGCAACAACAUCAGAAAUUGUUAAUAGCAUUUCCAAAGAUGCUUUUCUCUUGCAAGAAGUUCUUAGUGAGAAGGUGCCAAAGUUUUUGAUGAACACUUCAGUUUUCAUAUCUGGACUUGCAUUUUCAAUUUAUUUCUCAUGGAGAUUGGCUUUAGUAGCCUUUCCGACACUGCUUCUCUUAAUAAUUCCGGGGCUAAUAUAUGGGAAGUACCUCAUCUACUUAUCAAAAAAAUCCUUUGAGGAAUACAGCAAAGCAAAUACGGUUCUAGAGCAAGCCUUUCUCUCCAUCAAAACCAUAUUUUCAUUCACUGCUGAAAGAAGCAUCGUCGACAAGUAUUCUGCAAUUUUAGAUCAAACAAUGAAAUUAGGAAUCAUGCAAGGAAUUGCAAAAGGCCUUGCUGUUGGAAGUACUGGCCUUUCCUUUGCGAUAUGGGGUUUAAUAGCUUGGUAUGGGGGUCAUUUGGUUAUGUACAAAGGUGAAAGUGGAGGAAGGAUUUAUGCAGCCGGCAUUUCUUUCAUUUUAGCUGGCUUAUCACUGGGAGUGGCAAUACCUGAGCUAAAGUACUUCACGGAAGCAUCAGUUGCAGCAUCCCGGAUAUUUCAAAGGAUCGACAGGAUUCCUGAAAUUGACAGUGAAGAAAAAGAUGGACUAGUGUUGGAGAAAAUACGAGGGGAGGUUGAAUUUAAGCACAUAACAUUCACUUACCCUUCGAGGCCUACCUGCAUUGUUCUUAAAGAUUUCAGCCUCAAGAUUGCAGCAGGAGAAACGGUGGCUCUUGUUGGCGCUAGUGGAAGUGGGAAAUCCACUGCAAUUUCUUUGCUGCAAAGAUUUUAUGAUCCAGAUGGUGGCGUUGUUAGUGUAGAUGGCGUAGACAUAAAGAAAUUGCAGAUGAAAUGGUUGAGAGGGAAAAUGGGACUAGUUAGUCAAGAUCAUGCACUUUUCGGGACAUCAAUAAAGGAGAAUAUCUUGUUUGGGAAACAUGAUGCUACUAUGGAUGAUGUACUAGUUGCAGCAACAGCUGCUAAUGCUCAUAGUUUCAUUAGCCGACUUCCACAAGGGUAUGAUACAAAGGUUGGUGAGAGAGGGGCACUUUUAUCAGGUGGCCAGAAGCAACGGAUUGCAAUUGCACGAGCCAUUAUCAAGAACCCUGUCAUGCUUUUACUUGAUGAAGCAACAAGUGCACUUGAUUCUGAAUCAGAAAAACUUGUUCAAACUGCCCUUGAUCAAGCCUCCAUGGGAAGGACAACUUUGGUCAUUGCCCACAAACUGUCAACAGUUAGAAAUGCAGAUGUUAUUGCGGUCAUGAGUGCUGGUUGCAUCACUGAACAAGGUACACACCAUGAUCUUAUAAACAAACAUAAUGGACAUUAUGCAAAGCUGGCAAAACUUCAAAGACAGUUGACUAUUGAUGAGCAAGAACAAGUGGAUCAAUCGGCUAGAUCUUCCACUGCAAUAAGCAGUGCCAGCAGGCUAAGUCCAGGUCUCUUUUCCUCGCCUCUUCAAACUAUUGAUGAUAAGCCAUGCCCAAAAUUCAAUAAUCCUCCACAAUCAAUCUACCGUCUUCUUUCUUUGAAUUCUCCUGAAUGGAAAGAGGGCCUUAUUGGAAGCUUGUCAGCAGCCGUGUUUGGAGCAGUACAACCUGUGUAUGCCUUGACAGUUGGAGGCAUGAUUUCAGCUUUCUUUUUAACAAAUCAUCAGGAAAUGAAUGCGCGAAUCAGAACAUACUCUAUAAUAUUUUGUUCACUCUCUCUGAUUUCCAUAAUUGUGAAUCUUUUGCAACAUUACAAUUUUGCUUAUAUGGGUGAGAAGCUAACCAAAAGAAUCAGAAUAAGGAUGCUCAAGAAAAUUUUCACCUUCGAAGCAGCUUGGUUUGAUGAAGAACAGAACUCAAGUGGAGCCCUGUGUUCAAGAUUGAACAAUGAAGCUGCCUUGGUCAAGUCUCUUAUAGCAGAUAGAGUGUCACUUUUAGUGCAAACAAUUUCAGCUGUGAUGAUUGCAAUGGUAAUGGGACUGAUUGUAGCUUGGAAGCUAGCUCUUGUCAUGAUUGCAGUCCAGCCCCUUUCUAUUCUUUGUUUUUAUGCACGAAAAGUUGUGCUCUCUACAAUGUCAGCAAAUGUUGUCAAAGCACAAAAUCAAAGCACUCAGAUAGCUGCAGAGGCAGUGUACAACCACAGAAUUGUGACUUCAUUUGGGAGCAUUGGAAAAGUCCUUCAAAUAUUUGAUGAAGCUCAGGAUGAACCCAGGAAGGAGGCCCGAAAGAAAUCCUGGUUAGCUGGGAUAGGGUUAGGAUCAGCUCAAGGCCUAACAUUUAUGUGCUGGGCUUUGGACUUUUGGUAUGGUGGAACAUUGGUGAAUGCUGGGGAGAUAUCUGCAGGAGCUGUUUUCAAGACUUUCUUUAUUUUGGUCAGUACUGGAAAAGUUAUAGCAGAUGCUGGGAGCAUGACUUCAGAUAUUGCUAAGAGCUCAACAGCUCUGACAUCUCUGUUUUCGGUGCUUGAUAGGCAAUCACUCAUUUCCAGGACUCACAAUGUUGAAGAUGGAACAAAUGGAAUCAAGUCUGACAACAUGACUGGUAAGAUAGAGAUGAAAAGGGUUGACUUUGCGUAUCCUAGCCAGCCUGAUAACCUGGUUUUGCGCGAGUUCUGCUUGGAAGUGAAAGCAGGAACAAGUGUUGGGCUUGUAGGGAAGAGUGGGUGUGGAAAGUCCACAGUGAUCGCGCUGAUUCAGAGGUUUUAUGAUGCUGAAAGAGGAACAAUCAAAGUGGAUGGAGUGGACAUAAGAAUGCUUGAUAUUGAAUGGUACCGAGGGAAAAUGGCAUUAGUUAGCCAAGAGCCAGUAAUCUAUUCAGGAACCAUCCGCGACAACAUAGUCUUUGGGAAGCUUGAUGCAUCAGAAAAUGAGGUGGUGGAGGCUGCUAGGGCUGCAAAUGCUCAUGAAUUUAUUGCGUGUUUGAAAGAUGGAUAUGAAACUGAAUGUGGCGAGAGGGGAGUGCAAUUAUCAGGAGGGCAAAAACAGAGAAUAGCCAUAGCUAGAGCCAUAAUCCGAAACCCAACAAUUCUACUAAUGGAUGAGGCCACAAGUGCAUUGGAUGUUCAAUCAGAACAAGUUGUGCAAGAAGCACUGGACAGAGUGAUGGUUGGAAGAACCACCAUUGUCGUGGCACAUCGACUAAACACCAUUAGAAAUCUGGACAGCAUCGCCUUUGUUUCGGAUGGGAAGGUUUUGGAGCGAGGGAGCUAUUCUCAGUUAAGAAACAAGCGAGGCGCUUUCUUUAACCUUGCCAACCUCCACAAUCUCUAGACAGAUUCAAUCUGGCUACUAGAACCCCUGGCAAGUGUGUAAAUUUAUGCGGGCCAGUUCAAUGGCUCGAGUAGUUCAGUACUGUAAGUUGCAGAAUGGAGGCUAACUUGGCUACCAUCAGCAAUACAAGGGAUGAGCUAUUAUAAAACUUUGUAUAUGAGACUGUAAUAACAUGCAUGUCGGCAGUGUGGUAUAUGAAAUGAUUAAUGAACCCGGUUAACGAGAAUCAGAACCUCAAUCUCAUGCUGUC